UUGAGCAUCAGAAUGCAUUCACGAGUAGUAAAAGUCUUACCAGCCGGUCGUUUAUCGUACGGAAUCGGUUUACAAUUACAAAAGAUUUUAUCAGAUCAUCAUCACAAACAUUUGAAUGCAAUAGCAAAUACGCUAUUGCUUUUGGAGCAUGAGCCAGUGUAUACCGUAGGAAUACGGAGUAAAGGAUAUACAGUGGAAGACGAGAAGAAGUUGAGGAGCCUCGGUGCAGAAUUCUGGAGGACAAACCGCGGCGGGCUAAUCACCUUCCAUGGACCUGGUCAGCUGGUGGCUUAUCCAGUGCUCAACCUCAAGCAAUUUCACACCAGUAUCAAGUGGUACGUGCAUGAAGUCGAACGUACGGUGAUCCGCGUGUGCGCAGAGCUUGGUAUCAAAGCUGAGACCUCGCCGGACACAGGAGUCUGGGUCGGUGAUCGCAAGAUUUGCGCUAUAGGUAUUCACGGCAGCCGUUAUAUUACCACUCAUGGUCUCGCGCUCAACUGCAAUACUAAUCUUAAGUGGUUCGAUCACAUUGUUCCCUGUGGCAUCGAAAGCAAAAGUGUGACUAGCGUCUCUAAGGAGCUGGACAUGAAUGUUACGGUCGCUGAUGUACUACCGAUUUUUAGAAACGCUUUCAGUGAUCAGUUCGAGUGUGAGCUGAUAGAGUAUCCGCUCGGCGAAGCUUCGCAGCUACUACGAGAUGCACGUCGUAGCGUUUUAAAAGUUUGA